AAUCUAAAACGAAAGGCGCAUUAUCGGUUAACAGAGAUCUCCACUCUCUCUCUCUCUCUCUCUCUCUCUUAAUUGUUCCAUGGCAGAUCUCUGAUUUGCUGAUACUAAAGAUAUUUACGCAAUCUCCGGUUCGUGAGCAAAACGAGGGGAUUGAGUUAAACUGAGUUGAACUGAGUUGAAGAAAUGGCGGGGGCCGCGGCGGGUGGAUUCGUGACGCGAGCAUUUGAGUCGAUGCUCAAGGAGUGUACUCUCAGGAAGUACACUGCUCUGCAGGCCGCCAUUCAGGCUUAUAUAGACAACGGGAAGGAGUCUGGUCAGCAAUCGAACACUGGUGAGAGUAAUGAAGCUCAACCAGCAACUUCUAAGAAAAGUUCUUCUGAGCCUGAUAGCGGGGCUGAAGAAGCUGAGAUGGGAACUGAUAAUUCAAAUAGAAAUCCAUCUUCUGUUGAGGAGAUAGAACCUGUUGAAAGAACUACAAGCAGCAGUGUAUCGAUCAGGAUGGUCUUGGCAAAUGCAGGGCAUACUUUAUCUGGAGCUGAAGCUGAGCUUGUUCUGAAUCCACUUAGGCUUGCUUUUGAAACCAAAAACACUAAAGUUGUGGAGCUUGCAUUGGAUUGCCUUCAUAAACUCAUUGAAUACAACCACCUAGAAGGUGAUCCUGGUCUUGAUGGUGGAAAAGAUGCACAGUUAUUUACAGACAUUUUCAACAUGGUCUGCAGGACUGUAGAUAAUUCAUCACCUGACAGUACUACUCUUCAAGUAUUGAAAGUGCUUCUAACUGCCGUAGCAUCAACAAAGUUGCGAGUCCAUGGCGAACUGUUGUUGGCAGUCAUCAAAAUUUGCUAUAAUAUUGCUCUUCAUAGCAAGAGUCCUAUAAACCAAGCAACAUCAAAAGCCAUGCUAACCCAGAUGCUCAGUAUAAUUUUUCGACGGAUGGAAGCAGAUGUGGUGUCUUCCAAUGAGAUUGCAGUAGCUAACUCUGAGGAUGGGUUAAAAACUGUGGUUGAAGAAGUGUCAUCCAGUGAUCAUAAUGAGCCAACUAUUACUUUGGGUGAAACACUAUCAAUGAAACAGAUAAAUAGUACACCUGUUGCUUCUGUUCAAGAAAUGCAGAAUCUUGCAGAUGACACUGAUAUAAAGGGUUUAGAGGCUGUUCUCGAGAAAGCUGUGAACCUUGAAGAUGGUGGUAAGGCUACAAGAGGGAUGGUCCAAGAGAACAUGAGUGUUGGACAGCGUGAUGCUUUACUUCUUUUCCGUACACUUUGUAAGAUGGGUAUGAGGGAGGAUAAUGAUGAAGUUACUAGCAAAACACGCAUUCUAUCUUUGGAGCUUCUGCAGGGGUUACUGGAAGGCGUUAGUUACUCAUUCUCAAGAAAUUUUCAAUUUAUUGACUCGAUCAGAGCUCACCUUUCAUAUGCAUUGUUGCGGGCAUCAGUUUCACAAUCACCUGUAAUAUUUCAGUAUGCAACAGGAAUUUUUGCUGUUCUUUUGUUGCAGUUUAGAGAAAGUCUCAAGGCUGAAAUUGGAGUUUUCUUUCCUGUGAUUAUUCUGCGAUCCUUGGAUGGUUCAGAUCUUAACCAGAAAUUUACUGUUCUUAGGAUGUUGGAGAAAGUAUGCAAGGAUUCUCAGAUGCUUGUCGACCUUUACGUGAAUUAUGAUUGUGAUCUUGAAGCACCAAAUUUAUUUGAAAGAACAAUUGCUACCUUAUCCAAAAUUGCUCAAGGUACUCAAAAUGUCGAUCCAAAGGCUCCCACCACUUCCCAGAUAGGAUCAAUAAAAACAUCUUCUCUACAGGGUCUUGUGAAUGUUCUUAAAUCAUUGGUGAUCUGGGAAAAGUCUCACAGAGAGUCACACAAGCAGAAUAAGGGCAAGGAGUUAUUUGAGGAAGAAGUUUCAUCUAGAGGAAAUGAUGAAUCAAAAACUAGGGAAGAUCCAUCAAGCAACUUUGAGAAGCUGAAGGCUCAUAAAUCCACCAUUGAAGCUGUGGUCUCUGAGUUCAAUCGCCAUCCAGGUAAGGGAAUACAACAUUUAAUAUCCAGUGGACUGGUGGAAAAAACUCCAGUUGCAGUUGCCCAGUUUCUGCGAAAUACUCCUAAUUUGGACAAGGCCAUGCUUGGGGAUUACUUAGGUCAGCACGAGGAGUUUCCACUUGCUGUUAUGCAUGCAUAUGUGGAUUUCAUGAACUUCGCUGGUAUGAAGUUUGAUGUUGCAAUUCGUGAGUUCCUUAAAGGAUUUCGACUUCCAGGGGAAGCUCAGAAAAUCGACCGCAUAAUGGAAAAAUUUGCUGAGCGCUACUGUGCAGGCAAUCCUGAUUUAUUCAAGAAUGCAGACACAGCUUAUGUCCUUGCUUAUGCCGUUAUAAUGCUGAAUACCGAUGCUCAUAACCCGAUGGUGUGGCCAAAAAUGUCCAAAACUGAUUUUGUACGCAUGAACGCCAUGAAUAAUGCUGAGGAAUCUGCUUCUCCAGAACUCUUGGAAGAGUUAUAUGAUUCCAUUGUUAAGGAAGAAAUAAAAAUGAAAGAUGAUUCUGCUGGAGUUUUGAAAAAUAGUAAGCAAAAGCUGGAAGUUGAAGACAGAGGUCUCAUCAAUAUUCUCAAUCUGGCCAUACCCAAAAUAAGCUCUUCAACCGGCUCCAAACCUGAGAAUGAUGCAGUUUUAAAGCAGAUUCAGGUUAUAAUAAAGGAUCAUGGAGGAAAAAGGGGUGUCUUUUACACUUCACAAAGAAUUGAACUUGUGCGACUCAUGGUUGAGGCUGUGGGAUGGCCAUUACUUGCUACUUUUGCUGUUACCAUGGGUGAGAUAGAUAACAAACCUAGGGUUAGCCUUUGUAUGGAAGGAUUUAAGGAAGGUAUACAUAUUACACAUGUUCUUGGAAUGGACACCAUGCGCUAUGCCUUUUUGACAUCUUUGAUUAGGUAUAAUUUCUUGCAUGCACCAAGAGAUAUGCGUGGUAAAAAUGUAGAAGCCCUCCGCACUCUACUUGCUUUAUGUGAUACCGAGAUCUAUGCCUUCCAAGACUCUUGGUUUGCCAUUCUAGAAUGCAUUUCCCGGCUUGAGUAUGCAGUAUCAUGGCCUGCUAUGACUGCAACUAUUAUGCAAGGAUCAAACCAGAUCUCCAGGGAUGCUAUUAUUCAAUCUCUGAGAGAGCUAUCUGGAAAACCAACUGAGCAAGUGUUCGUUAAUAGCGUCAAAUUGCCCAGUGAGACAGUAGUGGAGUUUUUUACUGCCUUGUGUAGUGUAUCUGCAGAAGAAUUGAAACAGAUUCCAGCUCGCGUUUUUAGCUUGCAAAAGGUUGUUGAAAUAAGCUAUUACAAUAUGGCUCGUAUACGCAUGGUUUGGGCUAGAAUAUGGUCUGUCUUGUCCCAUCAUUUUAUAUUUGCUGGGAGCCAUCCUGAUGAAAAAGUUGCCAUGUACGCCAUUGAUUCUCUUCGGCAACUUGCCAUGAAAUAUUUGGAGCGAGCAGAACUUGCAAACUUCACUUUCCAGAAUGAUAUUUUAAAGCCAUUUGUUGUUCUCAUUCGAAGCAGCAGGAGUGAUUCUAUACGAAGGCUUAUAGUUGAUUGCAUUGUUCAAAUGAUAAAAUCUAAAGUGGGAAGCAUAAAAUCCGGCUGGCGGAGUGUUUUCAUGAUUUUCACUGCCGCUGCGGAUGAUGACUUGGAACCCAUAGUUGAAAGUGCAUUCGAGAAUGUGGAGCAAGUUGUACUGGAACAUUUCGAUCAGGUUGUUGGGGAUUGCUUUAUGGAUUGUGUCAACUGCCUGAUUGGAUUUGCCAAUAAUAAGACUUCCCAUCGUAUAAGUUUGAAGGCCAUUGCUCUGCUCCGCAUUUGUGAGGAUCGCCUUGCAGAGGGCCUUAUACCAGGUGGUGCUCUGAAACCUAUUGACGUAACUGCAGAUGAAACUUGUGAUGUUACUGAGCAUUACUGGUUCCCUAUGCUGGCUGGUCUCUCUGAUCUGACUUCGGAUCCAAGAGCAGAGGUCAGAAAUUGUGCGCUAGAGGUUUUAUUUGAUUUGCUCAAUGAAAGAGGCAGCAAAUUUUCAUCUUCGUUUUGGGAGAAUAUAUUCCAUCGGGUAUUGUUUCCCAUCUUUGAUAAUGUGAGACAUACUGGAAAAGAGAGCACUAUGUCAUCUGGGGAUGAAUGGAUUCGUGAGAGCAGCGUUCAUUCACUACAGUUGUUAUGCAACCUUUUCAACACCUUCUACAAGGAUGUCUGUUUUAUGCUGCCUCCACUGCUGAGCUUACUGUUGGAUUGUGCCAAGAAAACAGACCAAUCAGUAGUCUCAAUAUCUCUGGGUGCAUUAGUGCAUCUUAUUGAAGUUGGAGGUCAUCAGUUCAGUGAUCAUGACUGGGAUACUUUGUUAAAAAGUAUAAGGGAUGCUUCAUACACUACUCAACCCCUUGAGCUUCUCAAUAAUUUGGGUUUUGAGAAUACCAAGCAUCAUAACGUAUUGAUAAGAGACUUGGACAGCCCUUCACGAGUACCCGGUGGUAGUUAUUUAUCUAACCAUCAUGAAGCUGUCUAUGAAAAUGGGAGUAUAAUGGGAAGAGAUGCCAGUGUUAAUGGAAUUCCAGUGGAACCCAAUCAAGAAAUAGUGCGACCGAUGGAUAUGGAAGGAUCUGAAGGCACACCAUCACCAUCUGGCCGGACUAGACCUACUGAUGGUGGAGGCCUUCAAAGGAAUCAAACACUAGGGCAGAAGAUCAUGGGAAAUAUGAUGGAUAACCUGUUUAUGAGAAGUUUUACCUCAAAAAUGAAGAACCAUACACCUGAUGUAUCACAACCAUCUUCUCCAUCCAAGCUUCCUGAUUCUAUUAUGGAGUCUGAUUCCAGAGAUGACGAAGAAAGUCCUAUCUUGGGAAAAAUUAGGAGUAAAUGCGUCACGCAGUUGUUACUGUUGGGUGCAAUUGAUAGUAUUCAGAAAAAGUUCUGGAACAAGUUGAAUAUGCAGCAUAAGAUCGCCAUUAUGGAGAUUUUGUUCUCUAUCCUCGAUUUUGCUGCCUCGUACAAUUCUUUUAGUAAUCUCAGAUUGCGAAUGCACCAAAUUCCUGCAGAAAGACUGCCACUGAAUCUUCUCCGUCAAGAGUUGGCUGGAACAUGUAUCUAUUUGGAUAUCCUACAAAAGACCACGUCUACAGUUGAUAUGCAGAAAGAGGAAGCUACAAAAGAAGAUAAAAUUGAAGGAAUUGCUGAAGGAAAGCUUGUAUCUUUUUGUGAGCAGGUGCUGAGAGAGGCAUCUGAAUUUCAGUCUAGCAUGGAGGAGACAUCUAACAUGGAUGUUCAUAGAGUUCUAGAACUUCGUUCUCCAAUUAUUAUCAAGGUGCUAAAAGGCAUGUGUGAAAUGAAUGCCCGGGUUUUCAGAAGUCACCUGAGGGACUUCUAUCCUUUGAUUACGAAACUCGUCUGCUGUGACCAGAUGGAAGUUCGUGGUGCCAUCACCGAUCUUUUCAAGAUGCAACUGAGGACGCUGCUACCAACCAGCUGAAAGAGUGAUAUCCUGUUUCUAGCAUUCAUGCAACGAGCCCCUUCAUCAUAUGUAAGUUCGUGGUGCCUUCCAAUCCUUUCCUAGGUAUGCUGUUGAGUCGCUGUUAACAUAGGAUUUCUUGUUGUAGAUAAGAUCGGAGAGUUGUCUCCUCUCUGAUGGAUUUUACUUUGCGGCUAUUUUGCUUCCAUAUUUCGGCUUUUUAUUGGCUCUGCACUAUAUAUAGGUUAGGAAGAAAUUGGAGUUAGAUGCACAUUAUCGUGUCAUUUUUUUGAAUGUUUUAGCUAUUUUGACUAUCUUUUUUGUAAAAUUUUGUAGAAUGAUGAAUAUAGCACUCGACUCUACACAUUUGGAGGCUGAUUUCUUUUACAAACAUUCAUCUUGAUGUUGUCCACUGUAAUGCUUUAAUGAUUAAGCUACAAACGUUUUAUAGGAGAUACAGACAGAUUGGCUAGUGA